CGGACCGCGACGAGCUCCACAAGCAAAUCAGCCGCGUGAGCGCAAGGUCCGUCGUCGAGCAUGAGCACGAAGAAGAGCCCUGCCAAGGCCCCGAAGCACGUCGAGGAAGAUGUCGAUGCCGAGGAAGAGGAAGAUGAUGUCGAGGACGCUGGCGACGACAGCGUCGAAGACGAAGAUGGCGACGACGAGCCGGCCGACGACUCGGCCGAGGACCAAGAGGGCGGUGACGACGAGGAAGACGACGACACGCAUGAAGAAGAAGACGCUGAAGACGCCGAGGAAGAGGACGACGAGAACGACGAGGACUUUGAAGGCGACGCUGGUGGCGACGACGAUGACGACGAAGCCGAAGACGACGACGACGAGGAUGAAGAAGAGGCUCGCCCGGCAAAGAAGCAGAAGAAAUAAAUUGCUAGGUUGCAUGUUCUACUAAGUCCCACGACCGCAGCGCGUGGUGCCG